AUGCCCCCAAUGGAUCUUGCAUCCGCCCGGGGGACCAAGCUCAGCGAUAUAGUAAUCAAUCACCGUCCUAGCACAGGCCGUGGCAAGAGACUUACUAUCCCCCAAGAGGGUGUUCUAAGGAGGCUCUAUGAACAAGAACUACCCUCACUUUCCAAUGGUGAGCUGCCAGCGAGAGGGUUCUGGGAGAAUCUCGCGUCACAGUUUCACAAGCGGACCGGUCGAGAAUAUUCGUGGCUGUCUGUGAAGCGGCGGGCUGCUGGUUGGGGUCAGAAAUCCGUAGAAACUGACCGGCGACUGGAUACCUCUCGUGCUAGCGAGCUCGAGAUUGAGAAUUCGGUAUCUGAGCCUAGUGAUCACGAGAUUCCCCAUGAUCCCCCACCCCAGGAGGGUUCAUACAACAGCGAACAACCCACGCUAUCACAAACAAAGCCUUCCCCACAUUCUCGGUAUUCGAACAUCCCAGAGUUAUCGCAACUUGAAAGAAGCCCUGGUGUCGGCGACUGGUUGCAGCGCAGUUGGGUUUCAGGUCGCCCAGACCCAAGCCAAAACACCAGUGGGAACCUCAGAUCUCAUCGUCUGUCGAAACCCCGGCCCCGAUCAAGAUCGCCCCAAGGUGUAUCGCAGCCAGGAUAUCGUCGCCGAUCUCCUUCACCAAAGAGACGCACCAAAAUUACUUCCAAACGGUUGCAAGACCAGCUGUCGUCUUCCUCCAAUGUAAUAGCUGCGCCUGGCCCCAACCAUUUAUCUGGCUAUUCCCCAGCCUACGAAUAUGUGAGGCCGAGCCAUCUGGGUAGACGAAAUUUCCCCAGAUUCAACCAUAUCCGCGAGACGACGGAGAAAGAUGAGCCUGAAAACCCUGAGAAUCACCCUCGUGAUUCAGAAAGAGCUAAAACUCGAGAAAACUACGUCAGAAACGGCCUUCUUGUGUCGCCGCACUUAUCUGACGAAGAUGACUUACCGCUGGCCCCAACUCGGAUUAUGAGAAGGCGUGUUGCAAAAUGA